UCUGGAGUUAGAAUCUUCCUUUUAACGCCGGCGAUCGGCACAAUGCAGGGUCGACAUUCGGCAGAUGAGUUGACGAGGUUGGUUACCUGCGGGGUAGACGAUAACCCUGGGCUGCACGAUAUAUGAGUAGCAGAUAUAAAUAAGAUGAACGGAAUACUGCAUUUACUUCCCCAAUGCUCGGUCGAUUCACCUGUUGGAUCUUUACGCCAUGUCCUUUUUAGAUGAGGCUCAGUCGGACGUGCCGCUUCUUUCGGAGAAGCACUCCGGCAUCCCGGAAUUCCUGCUAGAGAAAGCCCGUGAGGCUAAAGCCGGCAUCUUUGAAACAAGAACAAAGCCCAAGGCCACGGGGGAUAGGCGGCCUGUUAUCCCUCCUGGUGUUGAAGAGCAGGUGUUUGUUACUGCGCUUGGCGAACUUGGACAGCAGCUGGGCCAAGACAAUGUCGAACGUAAUGACAAGCCGUUGAAAGAUGGAUGGUACAUGGAACAUCCGAACACCCAUGACCUGAUGACAAUCCUCGAUGAAGAGGAACUAGUACCAUCAGCAAUGGUCUAUCCUGGAAGUACUGAAGAAGUCCAGCAAGUUGUCCUAUGGGCGAACAAGUACCACAUACCCAUCUUCCCCAUCUCAAUGGGCCGAAAUCUGGGAUACGGCGGUGCAGCUCCUCGAGUGCGUGGGUCUGUCCUUAUUGAUCUCGGCAGACGCAUGAACAAGAUACUUGACAUUAGCCCGGAAGAUUAUACGUGUCUUCUUGAGCCGGGUGUCUCAUUCUUCGCUCUUCACGAGGCGAUCAAGACAAAGGGGUACGAUCAUCUUUGGAUUGAUGUCCCAGAUGUCGGCGGUGGUUCCGUCAUAGGGAACACCGUAGAUCGCGGCGUUGGGUACACGCCUUACGGUGACCAUUGGGCAUGUCAUUCGGGCUUAGAGGUCGUACUUCCAACAGGAGAGGUCAUCCGAACGGGUAUGGGCGCUCUUCCGGGUAACAAUACUUGGCAGACGUUUCCUUACGGGUUUGGCCCAUAUUCUGAUGGGAUUUUCUCGCAGUCUAACUUUGGCAUUGUGACCAAGAUGGGAAUGACGCUGAUGCCGAACCCAGGCGGGCAUGAAGGCUUCAUGUACACCUUUCAAAAGGAAGAAGAUCUUAACCAGCUAAUCGAGAUCAUUCGACCGCUCCGAAUCAGCAACAUCCUAGAGAAUGUUGCGCAACUGCGCCAUGUCACGCAAACUAUCGCAGUCCGCGGUAGACCGCGAACCGACUUUUAUAAAGGUGAGGGUACGAUCCCGAAUAGUGUGGUCCACGAAGUUGCGGCCAGUCUACCCAUUGGUGACCAUACGUGGGCUUACUAUGGCAUGUCGUAUGGCCCCCCACACAUCCGCCAGUAUAAGCUCUCUAUUAUCGACGCCGAAUUCAAGAAAGUCCCGGGUGCUCGUCGGAUUGAUCCGUCGGCGCUGCCACCAGAUGAGUAUUUUUGGGCUAGGGACCGCAUCGCCUCAGGUACUCCCGAACUCCACGAGUUACGUUGGGUCAAUUGGAUGCCCAACGGCGCCCAUAUCGCAUUCUCGCCUGUCAGCCCGAUCCGUGGCACCGACGCGACCAAGUUGUUCGAGCUAGCUAAGAAAAGACAUGACGAGUUCGGAGUUGACCUGUUUCCGGCGUUCUGCGUCGGCCUGCGUGAAAUGCAUCUCAUCGUCGAGCUUGUAUAUGAUCGCGCAGAUCCUAAGCGUCGAAAAGAUGUGCUAGACUGCUUGCGACAUCUGGUGGACGACGCGGCGGCAUGUGGGUAUGGAGAAUAUCGAACGCAUCUAGUGCUAAUGGAUCAGGUCGCUGGGACGUAUAACUGGAACGACGGUGCGCUGAUGAAGUUCCACGAGAAGUUGAAGGAUGCGCUGGAUCCUAACGGUAUCAUGGCCCCCGGACGCUGUGGUAUCUGGCCAAAGAAGUAUAGGAACCGAGGAUGGGAGAUGACUAAAGACAGCGGUAUGAAUUCCCAAGGCGAUGGCGUUGCGCCACCUUCAUAGGGUGACCAGCCCGUCCUGCUAUUAUUAGAUGAUAGUUCCAAUUAAACGGUAUAUAAGGGAACUACAAGCCAUCGAAAUAAUCUUACCUCUAGCACAGGUUCUCGGCAGUUGUGGAUUGAGCAGGAUAUUGUCGAACCACGCUCACAAAUAGAAUUUCAUAAACUCUCACUUGCUUCGUUUUGCCAACAUACCCCAAGAGUCUGUCGCUUUCGAAUGACCCAGAAACCAACAGCGAUGAUCACGAGAUUCUAC